UCUGUGUACACAAACGGAAACAACACUGCUUUUGCUGUUUUGGAGGGAGUAUCAAAAAUGUAUCAACAACAAGAAGUCCAAGCGAGUUUGUAUUUUUUCCGUUUUAAAUAAGUUCAAAACGGUCAGUUGCGUACAGAACUUGCAAAAAGUAGAAAAACAGCAGGCUGAAAGAGACUUUGAUUGUGUUUGCCCCAAAAUGGGCUGCAUAAUAUGGUUCCGAUGUACUGACAGCUGUCAUAAACAAGGACAGUAGCAACGCACACAUUUAAAACGGGACUUCAUCUUGUUUUUUGUUUUGUUUUUUUGUUAGUGUCACCUCUUGUAGUACACAAUGCAAAGGACUGUGCCAAGCCUCCCUCUGGCGCCUUCAGUGAAGGUAAAACUAAUCAAUGCUGGUUUCCAGGUGGCCGCAGAUUUGAUUGACCUGCGUCCUCUUCAACUCUGCAAAGGUAUUUUACCAUCACCACCUCAACAACAGUGCUGUAUUUGGAGCUGGAAAUAGCACACAAAGGCAGGGAUAUCACAACAGGAGGCAAUGGAGGUGUUGCAGAUUUUGCGCUGUGAUACCCAAACUCACCAGCAGGGAGCAGCAACAGAGAGCUUAACGGCACUGGAUCUCCUGCACAAAGAGCAGGCUUUGGGAAGCAUUGUGACAUUCUGCUCGGACUUGGAUGAUGCCCUUGGAGGGGGAGUGCCUGUUGGAAAGACCACCGAGAUCUGUGGAGCUCCUGGUGUCGGAAAGACCCAACUAUGCAUGCAGUUGGCUGUGGAUGUACAAAUUCCAGUGUGUUUUGGAGGUCUGGGAGGAAAGGUGUUGUAUAUAGACACAGAGGGCAGUUUCUUGGUGCAGCGUGUAGCUGAUAUGGCAGAGGCAGCUGUGCAGCAUUGCAUCUUGUUAGCAGAGGAUGCAGAACAGAAAAAAGCCUUAGAGGAACUUACUGUUGAGAACAUCCUUUCCAAUCUCUUCCUGGUCCGUUGCCAUGACUACGCAGAACUGUUAGCUGAGGUUUACCUCCUACCUGACUUCCUGGCUGAGCAUCCUGAGGUACGUUUAGUUGUGAUUGACAGCAUUGCCUUCCCGUUCCGGCAUGACUUUGAGGAUCUUUCUCGGAGAACCCGCCUCCUGAACGGCCUUGCCCAGCAGCUCAUCCAAUUGGCAACACAACGCAGUUUAGCGGUCGUGUUGACCAAUCAGAUGACCACAAGAGUUUCAAAUGGCCAAUCCAAGCUGGUUCCUGCAUUAGGUGAGAGUUGGGGCCAUGCCGCCACACAGAGGCUCAUCCUGCAUUGGGAAGGACUGAAAAGGCUUGCCUCCCUGUACAAGUCCCCGAGUCAAAUGGAGGCCACAAUUCAGUAUCAGAUUACAUUCCAGGGUUUCAGGGAUGCCCCAGAUGAAUCCAGAUCUGCUAUGUCAUCUGUUGAUUCUUCUCUAUCAGAAAAUCACAGCAAACGCCCUCGAAUGGAGGAUCAGACUUGAGGGUUUUCUGCAGACCAUUCAGUUUUCAAAGCAGUAGGCAGAAAGCCACUUCACAGUUAGAAAUCUGCUUAAAAAGGAAAACAUUGGAGUUGGACUGUAGAGUUAGUUUUAUGUGAAAAGGAAAUUAAAGAUGAUUAACUGAUUUAUUAGUAGAAUAAGAUAUAGUAUAAUCAAAGUAAGCUUUUAGUGAUUUGUGCAAUGUUCCACAACUGUGUUUUUUUAAAUGACUGUUCAUUCAUUUAUACAACAUAAUAGUGUUUUUAUUUGACAGUAAAAUAAAAACAAAGACAUGAUAGCUGGGAAAUAAGUAGUGGGUUAGGGAUUUUCUCUAGUAUAGUUUUCACACAAGAUCCAUCAGUGUUACCAUAAAGGGAGAAAUAAUAAAAAUGCAAAACCUUUCCAUCAUAACUUAAAUUGCUUGACGAACUAAGUUAGACUGUAUAUCUGUCAAAUUAUUUGGAUCCAUUCCUGAUAUUUAUUAUUCCAUAGCACUUUACCCAGCUAAUCUACUGUAUGUAAUAAAUGCUAAAUUGUUUUCCUGGAGCUUCAAGUGCUAGCGAUUAGUCAAAGUAACUGACAAUCUCUUGUUGUUAAUCAUGUCAUUUAAAUUGCCUGGGCAAAACUUUGUGCCAUUAUUUGUAAUGAACAAAAUUUGUCACAAUUUAUUGAGUAAUUUGGGCCUUAUGAACCCAGUAAGAAGGCACUGUUUUGUAAAGGUCACAUCAGAUUGACUUGCUGCCUGUGACAGUAUGGAGAUAAAGAGCUUACUGCCCACAUUACAUCUCAGUAACAUUAAUAAUUCAGCCACAAAUUGUGCCUGUUCAAUAUCAGUUUAUCAUCCAGGUUUUGGUUCACUGGCAUUGUACAGUAUGUGUGUGUUAAAAAAGAGAGAGGUUCGUCUCUUUAAUUGAACUACACACUAGAAAGCCAGCAUUAUAUCAGCACAAAGAAAAAGUAUGAGCACUUCACCUCAUAAUUCCUUGGCUGGCAAUAGUAGUUUUGAAACACAGUAAAAGAACUGGGUAACACUUUACAAUAAGGUUCCAUUUUUUAACAUUAGUUAAUGCAUUAUGUAUCAUGAACAAACUAUUAACAAUAUAUUUGUUACAUUUAUAAAUCUUUGUUAAUGUUAGUUAAUAAAAUACAAUUGUUAAUUGUAAGUUCAUGUUAGUUCAUAGUGCAUUAACUAAUGUUAAUUGUUUGUUCAUGACACCUAAUGCAUUUACUAAUGUUAACAACUGGAACCUUAUUGUAUAGUGUUUCCAAGAACUGAUUUAAAGGGAUAGUUCACACAAAAAUGAAAAUUCUGUCAUCACUUACCCUCAUGUUGUUCAAAACCUAUACAUUAUGAUUUUAAUGUGUGGCCCACAAAAGGAGUUGUUAGGCAGAAUGACAGUCAUUGUAUAAAAAAAGAUGCUGUGCAAGUCAAUUAUGGCUGAGGCUGUCUGUCCCCAAAAUACUGCCUAGCAUCUCCUAUAUUAUGUUCUACAUUAGAAAGAAACUCAUAUGGGUUUGGAACAACCUGAGGGUGAGUAAAUAUUACAGAAUUGUAUUGUCAAGGUAACAUGAACCAAUAAGCUACAUAUAAUUUAUGCCAAUUUCACUACUGUAUAAAGACAAGGCCUGUUGUUCUUUACAAAAGUACAACCAUAUUCUGCCAAAAUACCACAGUUACUACAUUAUUUCACUUAACCAUAAUAAAUACACUAAAUAUGGGAUGUCCUUUAAACAGUGUAAGAAGCUCUCUGAAAUUUUGUCAUUUUUAUUUUCCAGCAGUAUCUGUUACUGUGAUAUUUUGAUUAUGGUUACCCCAGUCAUUUUUUUUUUCCUAAGGCUUGAUAUGCUGUGGAUAUUAUGGCAAUCCCCGGUUGUACUAACAAUGCCUGGGAGCGGAACAGUUAAUUCCCAGCGAUGAUGUGAAAUCUACAACAGUUGUUAUUUUUAGCUUAAGCUCUGAUGUCCUAUAUACAUGCACACCGUUCGCUACCAGCACAUCACUUACUGAGUUUUUCCACUGAUAACAUUCUCUCAGAGCUGUUUGAAAGUCAUUUGAAAAUUAAAAGCUCAAUAUAAUGUGUUAAUAGCCAAAUAUAAUGGUUUCAUAUGAGUCCCGCAAUAGAUCACUAGUAUAGACUAAUUAGAUUUUAAUAAUAGACUAAUGUCUUGUCUUCCAUCAAAUUUUAGGGCUUAAAAAUAUAGCCUUGUGUAUGAUGUCAGAUACAAAUAUUAUAUAUAUAUAUAUAUAUAUAUAUAUAUAUAUAUACACACACACACACACACACACACAGUAUUUAUAUAUUUUUCUUUUCUUUUUUUCUCCCUACGUCCACCCCCUUUAUUACGUAUAGAAAACCAGAGCACAGCAUUAAAAACAUAGAGAAUGUAAUACACCAAUGUAUACCAAGUAUUACAAGUGAAAUUUACAAAGAGUAACAAAAACAAAGACUUCUAAAAGAAGGUUAUAGUACCUUGGAAAAUUCAACAAAGUUCAACAAACAGAUAAAUUUGGGUAUAGAAUCAAGACAAUUGUUUUUAUGUAUGCAUUAUUUAUGAUUCAAAAUAAAAGAA